AUGUUUGCACAUCAGAUCGGCAAGAACGUACAGGUUUAUGUUGACAACAUGUUGGUAAAAAGCCUGCAUGAAGUUGAUCACCUAGACGACCUCAGGGAGACAUUCGACACACUCCGAUCAUUCAACAUGAAGCUAAAUCCAAACAAGUGUGCGUUCGAAGUGACAGCUGGGAAGUUCUUGGGUUUCAUGGUAUCCCAAAAAGGAAUAGAGGUCAACCUAGAGAAGGUGCGGGCCAUAAUGGAGUUGGAACCACCAAGGACGGUUAAGGAGGUCCAAAGUUUAAAUGGAAAGAUCGCAGCCCUAAACAGACGAGCCGGAAGAGAAGGCGUAGUGAUCCAAACUCCGCAGGGGGACAAGAUCCAAUGUAUGAUCCAACUGGAUUUCCCCACAACCAACAACGAGGUAGAGUAUGAAGCCUUGGUGGCAAGGCUAGACCUUGCAAAGGCUGCGGGAUCAGAAAACAUAGUUGUACACUGCGAUUCACAGGUGGUAACGAGUCAGAUCAAUGGCGACUACGAGUGCAAGAACGAUAGAAUGAACAGAUAUUUAGAAGAAGUAAAAUACCGAAUCAACGACCUCGAAGUCAAAUUCAUUCAGAUCCCAAGAGAAGAAAACGAAUGUGCCGACCAUCUAGCAAAAGCUGCGUCAGCCAAGUUUAUGCUGGUUCCCGAACAGACUACGCCAUUGAUAUCCUACCUAAAAACUGGGGUGUUACCGGAGGAGAAAGGCGCCACAAGAAAGUUGAAGGUCCAGACAUCAUGGUUUGUGUUGAUAAAGAACGUCUUAUAUAAAAGAGGUUUCUCUCGACCGUACCUAAGAUGUUUAGGCCAAGAGGAAGCAGAUUACGUGAUGAAAGAAGUACACGAGGGUAUUUGCGGAAACCACUCAGGCGCGCGAUCAUUAGUACACAAGUUGAUCCAAGCAGGAUACUAUUGGCCUACAAUGAUGAAGGACGCGCAAACUUAUGUCCAGUCCUGCGACAAAUGCCAGAGGUUCAGCAAUUUCAUCAGAUUGUCGUUCGUAGAACUGACCUCUAUAACGGCACCCUGGCCGUUCGUACAAUGGGGACUUGAUAUCAUGGGCCCAUUCUCGACGGCGAUUCGGCAGCUAAAAUUCCUGGUAGUUAGCAUAGACUACUUCACUAAGUGGGUAGAGGCGGAAGCCUUAGCCACCAUCACGGAGAAGAACAUCCGAAGUUUUGUCUGGAGGAAUAUCAUAUGCAAGUACGGGAUACCCAGAGUACUGGUCUCUAACAACGGUAAGCAAUUCGACAACGGCGCGUUCAGAGACUUCUGCUCGGAGUUAGGGAUCAAGAAUCACUACUCGUCGCCCACACACCCACAGGAAAAUGGACAAGUCAAAGUCACGAACCGGUCCUUGCUCAAGAUAAUCAAGACCCGGCUCGAGAGGGCAAAGGGAAUCUGGCCGGACGAACUACCAAGCAUCCUAUGGGCAUACCGAACCACAGCAAGAACACUCACUGGAGAAAUACCAUUUCGACUUGCAUAUGGAACCGAAACUGUCAUUCCCGCAGAAGUAGGGCUCACGAGCUACUAG